GUUCAGAAACAAAAGCCGACAACUGACCACACUUGCUAUCGUUAUCUUCGCGAUAUUUUGCGAAAUGGAGCCAAAAUUGAAGCUAUUAGUGUGCGGUGAUGUUCGCGGAAAGCUGAAAUCAUUUUUCGCGCGCAUUGAGAAUGUAAACAAAAAGAGUGGACCGUUCGAUUUGGUCCUUUGCGUGGGGGACUUUUUCGGAAAAAACCCGGAAAUGGACGGUCUACAAGUGUACAAGAACAACAUCAAAACAGUGGCCGCUCCGGUUUACAUUCUUGGACCAACCAGCAAAGAACUGGCCCGGCACUAUGGGGAAACGGAAGACGGAGACAUUUGUACAAACCUUAGCUUCCUGGGAAAACGGGGCGUUUACACAACUUCCGGUGGUCUCAAGAUUGCUUACCUUAGCGGCGUUGCAAGCUCACAAGAAUCUAGCGAGUCGAACGAUUGGACGUACACAAAGGCUGAUGUGGUCGCAGUGCGCGAUUCCUGUGUGGCUAGCAAAGGAAAUAUGGGCGAUUUUAGGGGCAUUGACAUCCUCCUCACUUCUCAAUGGCCUCUGGGCAUACGGGAGGGUAUGAACGACAGUUGCAAAAUGGUGUCAUGGUUAGCAAAUGCUGUGAAGCCACGAUAUCAUUUUUGUGGGACGAACGAUGAAUUUUACGAAUCACCGCCCUAUCGAAAUCCUGCGGAUCAAAACACUCAAAUGGAACUGGCGACUAGGUUCGUUGGGUUGGCCAGCUUCGGCAAUGCGGAAAAGAAGAAGCACAUUUAUGCCCUGAACAUCACACCGGUGGAAAAGAUGCGCAUUCUAGAGCUGAUCCAAAAAACCACCGACGAGAUACCGUCUCCGUAUCAGGGCCUUUCCCUUCUCCAAGAAUCCGAUGGUAAAGGAGUUCGUUCGACAAACCAUGCCGAUGGGCAGUACUUUUACGAUAUGAACACGUACGACGAUAAUCGCCGGUUCAAGCGCAAAAGCAAUGACCCCAACCAGAGUCAAAAGCGACCCAGACCGACAUUUGAUCAGGAAUCGUGCUGGUUUUGUCUUUCGGCCGGAAGUAUCGAGAAACAUUUGAUCAUUUCGGUCGGUGAUCAUUUCUAUCUAGCGCUAGCCAAGGGACCCAUCAACGAAGUGCACAUACUGAUUCUGUCGAUUACGCACAUCCAGUGUGCGGCCCUACUAUCCGAAGCACAAUGGGCGGAAUUGACCAAAUUCAAGCAAGCGCUCGCCCAAUUCUACAACGAUCGCGAUCAAAAGGUGUUCUUCUACGAGCGUAACUUCAAAACGGGACAUCUCCAAAUCAAUGCCAUCGGGAUCGACGAUAACGUCGCGUGGAAAAUUCAGCACGUCCUUGAGGACAAGUCUGAGGAGUACAGCAUCCAGAUGGAGAAGGUACCGAAGCUGGACGCACCGUCAGAUCUGCCGGAACGUGGACCAUACUUUGUGGCGGAACUGCCCGACGGUACAGUGAUGUUGACGCGACAGAUGAAGGGUUUCCCGUUGCACUUUGGUCGGGAAAUAAUCUGUGCGGACAAUUUGCUAAACUGUGAGGAGAAGGCGGAUUGGCGACAGUGUAAUCUUUCCAAGGAAGCAGAGGAUGAGCUGGUGAAAAACUUCCGAGAAAGUUUCAAGCCGUACGAUUUUACCGUAUGAAGGAUUAGAAUAAAUGGACUGGUAGAAUGGUGCUGUACAUAUGAGAAUGCAGAAUUGAA